AUGAAGACAAACGACAAUAAUUAGUCAAGGAUUACUUUGAUGCAAUACUAAGAUUGGCCUUCAAAGGUAAUUGACAAAGAAUAAAAGGAGCUUGAAAGACUUGAGAAAAUAUUAGAGAUGGAGCGUCAAAAGGCCCAAUAAAGACAGAUAAAAAUUGAAGAGAUUGACACAAAGCUCGAGAAAAAGUAGAAACUUGUCAUGUAAAUCUUGAAGUUGAAGGAAUAAGAAAUUGCUGAGAAAAAUAGAUAAAGAGAGCAAAAUCAAAAGAAAAAUGAAAAUUAGUAAUCAGCCAUGAUAUCAAUUAAUUAAGAGCAUAAAAUGUAAGAAGUUAUGGAAAAGCAAAAAUAGAGAGAAGCAGAAAGAUAAACGUAGGCUAAGGAAAGAGAUUUGGAAUAUUAAAGGAAAUAGUAGCAGAUUAAAGAAAAAAGAGACUAGUAUCUUAGAGAAAUAGAAUAAUAGUUCAAGUAAAGACAGCUAGAACUUGAUGCUAGAGAGAAGCUAUUAUAGAUUAAGUUAGAUGAGAGAAGGCAACUUGAGAAGUAAAUGAAUUUUGAGAAGCAAAAGGAAAUCGAAAUUAGAUUGAAAACUAACAAAGAUAAGAGACAAGAAAGAGAGGACAAAUAAAGGCAGAAUCUGGAGCGUAAAAUUUGA